UUAUAAAUAAUUAUUCAAGUCCUUUUCUCUGGUUGAGCAGGUCCAGGGAGGCAGUACCGUACCCCACCUUUCAAGUCCCGGCUGCCAAACCUGGAAAAUUGGCACAUGCCAAGAGACCCUUCAUAAAUGCCAUUCAACCUCGCUCCCACCCUUCACCUCAACCACCAUCACCACGACGACAUCACAUUCAACCAAAUCCCACAAGACCAGUUGCAUAACGCAAGUGAAAGACGGCGGUGCAGUGCCAUUUAGCCCCACGGUGGGUAAUUGGUUAUCGCUCUUCUCGUCACCAAGAAAUCAGAUUUCAUACAGUCGAGGAGUACCCGAGACCGGCGGUCUCGGAUCGAUCAUCGCGAAUCGCGAUUGAGAUAUUCUCCGAACAAGUUUAUGCUCAAAGGAUUGUCACCCCUUGGCGAGUCACGAUGAUGUAGCACGUUAAGCUUGUCGGUUUUUGCCUUUGUCGUUUGGCAUCGUUAUCCAUUCUUUGGCUCCGCAGGUACGUACUGUUCAAGUAAAAGAUGCGAGGUUGCUCCUAGUAGAGAUGAUGUGCUUACCUUCGCCGCUAAGUAUCCCGUCUUAUGCACAGGCUCAACUAAGGCUCCAUUAUUUGCUUACACGGUCAGACGAGCCAAUCAUACCCUCAGGAAGGUUAUCCGAAAGAUCCAACCAAGGAACCCUAGCUCCAAAGCUCUAGACUUCACCAUGACCCAAGCGUCUUCAAUAUAUCGCGGCUACCGCGCGAUUCUUAUUUAAAAGACCCGCACGUAGGACAAGACCUUCCCAGAAGACUCGCCACGUCGAAAGAAAAAAUUGUGUUGCACGGCCUUUGUUCGACAGUGGAACGCAUUCUUACCAGAGUUGCAAGUGAAGAGGUUUUGCAUGUGCUGCGCCGGCCUAUCGGAUGGUCGUACGAUAUAUGCAGCUCGAUGGGGUACGUCCGUACUUGAGAUUUUCCUUCAUGCAGGCACAACUGCUUAGACGGGCUACUUGCUUGCAGAAGUGUUCGUGCCUGUUUUUGGUCCCUCGAAUCCGCGCCACGAUAGCUGUUCAUAAGUCUGCGUACUAUUGGUGCGGUGACUUGUGGCGUUCCAGUGGGUGGAUGUCAGAUUUUCAUCAUCCCUGCUUGCCACGAUCCAGGUUGAUGUUGGAACCCACUUUGGCAUGUUAGCGGCUGCAUAUCGUACCGCGUCUGCUGAGUUUCAGCGGGGAAGAACAUGGAAGAGACAUGGAGGAGUUGUCUUGUAUUGGUUCAGAAUUCUUUUAUUGUUUGAAGGAAACGGCGAAGCUGUACCGAAGGAGUCAGGAUAAGUGGCUACCUCGUGUUGCCGGGUGACGUCGGCAUACGGGGAAGGGUCCUACAUUUUAUAAGUUUUGCUUUGCUUAUGAUCGUUCAAGCAACAAGACGUGGUGUUACACUGCCUCCUAGAUUUCAAGCAUGUUGUGAUGGAGUUGGCCUGUAGAGUUACUAGGGAGCGUUGACUAACAACAAGCUAUGGCUCAUCGAGAGAUUCUUUAUAACAACCCUAUGUCCGCAAGUGGUAGAGGAUCAUUCCUGCGUUAAUCACUUUCUCUUAUCAACCACUUUCCUCUCAUCUACUAUCUUGUCCAAACACUUCAUUAGAAUACUUCAUCAUGGAGAUUAUCACUAUAAUACUUCUGCUUGUUUUCUGCUUUUUCAUGUUCAUAAAAAGUUUAUACACACAGACAUCCCAGCAAUGGUGGAAGAAACGAAUGCCAUACCGAAGGUCGUCCUCAUCCUCAAGAUCCUCAAGAUCCUCAUCUCCGUCACCAAUAGAUGAAAAAGAAAUCCCAAUCCAAGAUACCCCACCAUACGUUUUCCCAGCUCUCACUCCAAAGACCGCCGCCAAAACAUCCAUGGGUCUGAAAAGACUCGAAGCAUCCAACUGGUUACCCAUCGACUCCAACUAUCAUCCAGAGCAUGACAUCCGGACCGCGUUAUUAUCCACAAACCAUCCAAACGUCGUCCAGUGUCUCCCAGGCUCCGAGGCGGCAUGUCAGGAAGUCCUAGACUUAGUAACAGAUUUCCUUCUCUCUCGAUAUCCCAAAGACUUCACAUUCUCAACCUCAUCAUCUGGCCGAAUAAUCAACAACCACCUCACGAAUGAAUCAUUCCACAUCGAUAACUCCCCAAACCCCCUAGAAAUCGCCGCAAGACUAGCAAUGGAAGACUUCAAUAUCCUCAUGAAGAGCGAGGAAACAGGAGACCACCACCUCAUGGCCUCAGCUACCCUUUUUCCAGCUGGCUGGAAACUCCAGGAGCGAAUUGGAACCAGUAUGGCGAACCUCCAUAAACCAGUUCCAGAAUGGAAAAAGAAUCUUGGCGGGAGUGUAAAUAGGUAUUUUCCCCUCCCCUCCCCCCUCUUCUUACUUUCACUUUCAUAAACUAACACCAAAAAAGAUACUUCGACCACCUCAACACCCGCACCUCCAUGGAACGCACCAACCUCUUCAUCCAAACCACCCCGCACCUCUUCGUCGACGCCCCCGAGAUCCCUAAUCCCCAAACCGUCCCAGAAGAUCUUUGGAUCCGAAGGGAACGCCAGACCUUCCGUCGAUUGGAAAGAAGUGGUGCGGUGCUCUUCACGGUUCGCACGUACAUGCAACGUCUGGUGGAGGUCCGGGGUGGGGAGGAGCUCGCCUUACGUCAGCAGAUUGCGGGGUUGGACGAGGUGGUCAGGGAGUAUAAGGGGGGGAAGGUUUGGGGACAGGCGUUUGAGAUGUGGUGUCGUGGACGGGAUGAGAUGGUGGAAAAGGGUGUUGGUGCGUAAUAAGCGGGUUUUAAUCCUUUUAUUUUUCUUUUCUUUCUUUUUUUUGGGACUUUGGGAUUGGUUGUUUUAUUAGCGGUAUACUUGUAUACGGAGUUCGGCCAAGACCUUGCUGGGACUUGCGGGAAAAUGGGAAUCUGGGUUUUUGGGAUUUUUGGAAAAUGGAAAAUGGAAAGGGAUAUGGGUGAUAUUUUCUAGAAAGAUUGCGUUAAUUUGAUUUUUUUCUUGAGAUGGAAAAGAAAAAGUUGUAUGAAAAUGGAGAUGAAAAUUUAAUUACUUUUAUUUUUGC